CUCUUUUCAGGUUCGGUUGAGGUGAAGGCGAGUCUUUUCUCCCUCCACAACGAAACGAAUAUAGCUUUUGCGGAGUAGCUGAUUGGUACUGGUUUUCAAGGUGCUCCUGGAUCACCUCACCCUCACUGCUUCGGCUAGCCAGCUUUUCCACUCCCGCUUUACACGCUGUUUUUUCUCCCUCCCCUCUUUGCGGGUGGACUCGCCAUUUCCCGGAGUUGAAAUACGUUCAUCGUGCGAUUAAAUCAUGGAUAAGACGGAGCUCAUUCAGAAAGCCAAGCUGGCGGAGCAGGCCGAGCGCUAUGAUGACAUGGCCGCAUGUAUGAAGCAGGUGACUGAGCAGGGCGCCGAGCUCACCAACGAGGAGAGAAACCUGCUCUCCGUCGCCUACAAGAACGUCGUUGGGGCUCGGAGGUCGGCUUGGAGGGUUAUCUCGAGCAUUGAACAGAAAACUGAGGGCAACGACAAGAAGCUUCAGAUGGUAAAGGAGUACAGAGAGAAGGUGGAGGCCGAAUUACGCGACAUUUGCAACGAGGUGCUGGGACUGUUGGACAAAUAUUUGAUCGAGCUCUCUACAGUUGCAGAGAGCAAAGUCUUCUAUUUAAAGAUGAAGGGUGACUACUACAGAUAUCUUGCAGAGGUUGCCUCGGCAGAUAACAGGAAGGACACAAUAACCAACUCUCAAGAAGCCUACCAGGGUGCGUUUGACAUCAGUAAGAAGGACAUGCAGCCCACACAUCCCAUCCGUCUGGGACUGGCUCUUAACUUCUCAGUGUUCUUCUAUGAGAUCCUCAAUUCUCCUGAGCAGGCCUGCGCUCUGGCCAAACAAGCCUUUGACGAAGCCAUUGCAGAGCUGGAUACACUGAAUGAAGACUCGUACAAAGACAGCACACUUAUCAUGCAGCUGCUUAGAGACAACCUCACAUUAUGGACCUCUGACAAUGCUGCAGAUGAGGGUGAAGGUGGAGAUGGAGGAGAGAACUAAGAGCCUGCAUAUUCUCCCCACAGAUUAAAAAAAAAAAAAAGAAUCCUGGAAAAAAACAACUUUUUACACUUCUCCAUUCCUUAUCAUUUCACUUAUGAUUAUUCUAGCCAUGUAAACCCGUGAUCAUUACCAAUGAGCUGUGAGUGUGGGAAUUCCAAUCAGUCUAUAUUUUUUAUUUUUAUUUUAUUUUUUUUUCACCACCUGGCUUGUGGUUGUAAUAAAAGUAAAUAUUAAGUUAAAAUAACAUCUCCAUUCUUUUGCGUUCUUGUCCUUUUGGCCUUCUUUAAUGUGCUGUGUCUGCUAUAGAAAAGUAUUAGCCUCGCAUAAAAUCAGUUGUCUUUAAUCUUGACAAAAGACUAAUGUGUAUAGUCUGGUAAACUGAAACAUUGGAAAGUGUCAGUCACAAAAUGCAAAGCGUUUUGCCUCAAGCAUGGCUAGUUCUCGUCCUGCUAUGUCACCUGCCAUUAUAGGUCUCUCUAGGGAGAUCAGAAUACACUUGAAUGAGAUAAAUGUUUUGUUGACUGUCAUGGUGUUGGCUUAAAAUGGGUCUGUGCUUAAGUAUUGACAGCAGGAAGGCUAUUGUAUAAUGUACCGAGUCAGCUAGCAUUGCUCAGCCAAGUAUGCACUUUUCAUAGACUAUAUUUAAAUCCUGUCUUCAUUUGGAACGUAACAAAACACUCCUGCCUGGUUACGGUUUUCACUUAAACAUGUUACUUGCGACUGCUCUUAAUGGUUAAAAAAAAAAAAAAAAAAAAAAAAAAAGGAAAAAUACCAUGCAUGCCCAUCUUUUUUCCAAUAUACACUGGAAUGGGAACCAAUACUGCAUACAUGUUCCACAGUUUGGUUAAGUACUUUUCAUUGCAGGUUUAUGCACAUGUUGAGAGGAUGUUUGAUUUGUCAAGUGAUGUCAAUAGUUAUUUGGACCACUGUUGUGUUUUUGCUAAUCAUGGACUGUAGCUCCCCUUCCCCUCUCCCAAAAAAGCUUGUGACUAUGUAAAAGCCCUAAACAGCUAUGUAACCUGAAUUAAAAUGACCAUUUUAUAAACCAUA